AAUCACCUGACUGGCCAACAGCUAUUGGAAUGAUCCUCCAUGUGUGACUUGGAAUUAUUACAAAACGUGGCAGGAUAGACCUGCCCAGCCAUCGCGGCAGAUGUUCAUUUGUAAUGCUGCCUUAAGGAAUAAGGAGAUGAGAGCAAAUUGUUCCAGCAGCUCAGCCUGCCCUGCCAACAGUUCGGAGGAGGAGUUGCCAGUGGGGCUGGAGGUCUAUGGGAACCUGGAACUUGUUUUCACAGUGGUGUCAGCCGUGAUGAUCGGCCUGCUCAUGUUCUCCUUGGGCUGCUCUGUGGAGAUCCGGAGGCUCUGGUCGCACAUCAGGAGACCCUGGGGCAUUGCUGUGGGACUGCUCUGCCAGUUUGGGCUCAUGCCUCUUACUGCCUAUCUCCUGGUCAUCAACUUCUCUCUGAAGCCAGUCCAAGCUAUGGCUAUCCUCAUCAUGGGGUGCUGCCCAGGGGGAACCAUCUCGAACAUUUUCACCUACUGGGUUGAUGGAGAUAUGGAUCUCAGCAUCAGUAUGACAACUUGUUCCACAGUGGUUGCCCUGGGAAUGAUGCCACUCUGCCUUUAUCUCUACACCUUGUCCUGGAAUCUUGAGCAGAAUCUCACCAUUCCAUAUCAGAACAUAGGAAUUACCCUUGUGUGCCUGACCAUUCCUGUGGCCUUUGGUGUCUAUAUGAAUUAUAGGUGGCCGAAACAAUCCAAAAUUAUUCUUAAGGUUGGAGCCAUUGUUGGUGGGGUCCUCCUUUUGGUGGUCGCAGUUGCUGGUGUGGUGCUGGCGAAAGGAUCUUGGAAUUCAGACAUCAUUCUUCUGACCAUCAGCUUCAUCUUUCCUUUGAUUGGCCAUGUCACAGGCUUUCUCCUGGCACUUCUUACCCACCAAUCUUGGCAGAGGUGCAGGACGAUUUCCUUAGAAACUGGAGCUCAGAAUAUUCAGAUGUGCAUCACCAUGUUGCACUUAUCUUUCACUGCCGAGCAAUUAGUCCAGAUGCUUAGCUUCCCACUGGCCUAUGGACUCUUCCAGCUGUUGGACGGGUUUCUCAUUGUUGCAGCAUAUAAGAUGUACAAGAGGACACUGAAGAACAAACACAGAAUAAAGAACCCCGCUUUAAGGGUAGAAGCCUGCUUUAAGAAGAAAUCCACUUCUCCCAAAGAGACCAGUGCUUUCUUGGAGGUGAAUGAAGAAGCUGCUCUAACUCCUGGGCCAUCAGGGCCCAUGGCUCUCCACAGGGCUCUCAUGCCAACUGGCCGGAUCUCAUGUGCGAAGUAGGGGUUUGCCGGCUUGACUGGUCCCUGUCUUCCUCAGCAGCAGUAAAGACAGCGCAGAGCUGAUGAGUGAAUCUCGUUGGCAGGGCUUAUGGGAAUGUUUGCGUGUCAACUGUUAACAUAUUUAUAUUUCUGUGUGGACUGUAAUUUGCCAUAGGAUCCCCUUUUGAGAAUAUGCUCUGCCUAUUUCAGGUUCUUUCUUUGGGGGUUUACACAACAGAUUUACUAGUUGCUUUGUGUGUUCUUGUCUUCCCAUACAGUGAAGUGAUCCCCAUUGUUAUGUGAAGUCAUCAAGCUGUGAAUUUUAAUCUCACAAGAGUUAGAACUCUGUGUAGAGGAGAUGUCACCUCAUACUGCAGGGCAAGGACAGAGUCUGGACCCACUUGACUUCUCGACUUUGGGCAAGUCCUUUGGGGCAUUGGGGAGGAAGCAUACAGCUCUUAUAAAAAUUGGGUCUUUUCUCAAAUGAGUGUUGCUUUUUUAAGGGCUUGAAAAUCUUUUUAGAUUUAUAGAUGUAAUCACGAGCCUAGAGGGAAUUUAAUGAACACUUGAAGUUAAUAUUUUUACUCCCGAGAGAUAGGCACAAUGUAUAUUCUUCUAAUAUACAUUUAUGCAUUAUGUCAUUUUAAAAACAUUGAGAUCAUUCCACAUAUACUGUUUCAUAAGUCACUUCAUGAAACAUUGUGAAGCAUCUUUACAUGUCAGUCUAUGUUGACCUACCUCAUUCCUUAGAACAGUGGCUUCACAGAAGUAUUCCAGUGCAUGAAAGGCAUGUAAUUUAUUUAACCGUCCCUUAGUCAUGGACAUUUAGAUAGCUGUCAACUUGGCGUUACAGUGUUGCUACAAACACUUGUGCUUUCAUGCAAGUGUUUCUGUAGGAUCAUUUUCUAGAUUUGAAAAUGUGCAACCAGGCUGAUGGCACAUUAAAAUGUUGGGCGGCGAGCUCUCUGGCAACACUGUACAGCAGUGCCUGAGAGUGUCUGGUUUUCCACAGCCACACCAGUCUUAAGAAUGAUCAUUCUGCUUUGUGGAAAUACCUCAUUUAAAAUUGCAUUGUUAAAAUUAUACAAUGAAGUGAAGCAGAGUAUUUUUCAUGGAUGCUUGCUUGUUCAUGUACUUUGCCUGUUUUUUUUUUUUUUUUAAAGAAAUGGCCUUUGAUUGAUUAAUUAGUUAAUUAAUUAAUUUUUUGGCUGCCUUGGGUCUUCGUUGCUGCGUGCGGGCUUUCUCUAGUUGUGGCAAGGGGGGCGCUGCUCUUCCUUACGGUGCGCGGGCUUCUCAUGGCGGAGGCUUCUCUUGUUGCAGAGCACGGGCUCUAGGGCGCGUGGGCUUCAGUAGUUGUGGCUCGCAGGCUCAGUAGUUGUGGCUCGUGGGCUCCAGAGUGCAGGCUCAGUAGUUGUGGCACAUGGGCUUAGUUGUUCCACGGCAUGUGGGAUCUUCCUGGACGAGGGCUCGAACCCAUGUCCCCUGCAUUGGCAGGCAGAUUCUUAACCACUGUGCCACCAGGGAAGUCCCUUUGCCUGCUUUUCUAUUGUAUUUUUUCCCUUUUGACUGAUAAAUUUUAACACAUUACAGACAGUGACCCUUUGUUUUAUGUUUUGUCAAUAUUUUACCUACCCGUUUGUCUUUUUAUUUUUGUAUAAUUUCUUUUGCUGUACAGAAGUUUUAUAUUUUUUAUAUAUACCACUUUAUUAGUCUUUUAAAAAAUGUUUUUUGACCUUAAUAUCUGUCAAAUGUUAGACUAUUUAUACUUUUGUGUGGAUUGUGACUUGGAAAAGGACCCCUCUUUGAGAAUGUAUUUGGUUCCUUUUCAGGGAGUUCUUUUUGGGGGUUAAUACACAUAUU